AAGAAACAUGCAUAAACGUACUAACUUCGACUGAUCCACUGUGCGCAAAACAUCACAGUAAAAGAACAUGACGUCUGAGGGCGCGAUGUUGACGUCCGCAGCAGCGAUGGCGACGAGACGGAAGCCGUCGUGGAGAGAGAGGGAGAACAAUAGGAGGAGGGAGAGGAAAAGAAGAGCUGUAGCGGCGAAGAUUUAUAACGGUCUCAGAGCUCAAGGUAACUUCAAUCUUCCCAGGCAUUGUGACAACAAUGAAGUGCUUAAAGCUCUUUGUUCUGAAGCUGGUUGGGUGGUCGAAGAGGACGGAACCACUUAUCGCAAGGGACAUAAGCCUCUUCCUGAUGACAUGGCUGGAUCAUCUUCUCGUGCCACUGCUUACUCUUCUUAUAACCAAAGUCCUUUUGAAAGUCCCAUACUUUCUUACCAAGCCAGCCCGUCAUCUUCUUCAUUCCCGAGCCCUCGUGGUGGCGACACACACAACAUCUCCACCAUUUUUCCUUUCCUCAGGAACGGUGGGAUUAAUCCUUCAUCGCUUCCUCCACUUAGAAUCUCAAACAGUGCUCCUGUCACUCCACCUGUCUCAUCACCAACUUCAAGAAACCCCAAGCCAUUACCAACUUGGGAGUCUCUUACCAAACAGGCCAUGGCCAAUGCUGCUAGACAAUCAGUGUCAUCUUUUAACUACCCGUUCUACGCUGUAUCUGCACCAACGAGCCCCACUCAUCAUCGCCAGUUCAAUGCCCCGGCUACUAUACCCGAAUGUGAUGAGUCUGACUCUUCCACUACUGAUUCAGGUCAUUGGAUAAGCUUUCAGAAGUUCUCACAACAGCAGUUCCGAGGCGGUUUUGCAGUACCGCCCUCUCCUACCUUUAAUCUAGUGAAGCCCCCCUUACCACAACAAUUAUCUUCAAACAUUGCAGCAGCGCAAGAGAUUGGUAGCCAAGUGAAGCCAUGGGAAGGGGAGAGGAUCCAUGAUGUGGCUAUGGAGGAUCUUGAGCUCACACUUGGAAACUCUAAAGGUCGUAGUUGAGAUGAAGAACAAAAGAAUCCGUUGUGCCAUGUUGAAACGAAAAAGGAUUUGAGUAUCAGUGAGUGUGUUUCAAAAGCAUUAUUUGUAGAUAUAAUAUGUGUUGUAAGAUGUAUGUUUCUAUUAUCAUUCCUUUUAGAUCUUGUAAAACAUUACAAAUAUUUUAUUAUUAAUUGUCUUCAACUGGAACAUAUA